AUGGGCUUCCUAACCAAGGCAGCCACUGCCAUGGCCGUUGUAUCUACGGCCUCCGCUCAGUAUACCCUCCCGGAUAGCCAGGUCCCCUAUCAGGGUGGCAACGUCUUCAAGGCGAACGACCCUGAGCUCAAGAAUUUCACCUUCACCUACAAGACUCCGUUCGAGCCUAAGCAGUAUGGCGGUUACUACUCCUGGGCCGUCAAUAACAAAACUGUCGCUGGUGCCAACUUCACCGGUCCUCACAUGGAGCCCGGCUACGACUACAUCCCCGAAGGUGCCUUGACCACCCACCCUUACUUCAUCAUCAACGAGGGGAAUCCCAAGGUCAUCAACAAGACGAAACUCUUUGGCGACCAUCAUCCUAGCCGUGCCCACCCCCGUGACCUUCGGGACGAUCGAAGCAUAGGCAAGGACGGUGAAGGCAAGGGCGGUGAGGGCAAGGUCAAAAAGAUCCUUCACGUUAUGUUUGAGAACGAGGUCUAUAGCUGGACCAUGUCCUCCCCUUAUUGGCAGAUGCUCGCCACUAAGGGAAAGUCUCUGACCAACUUCCAUGCCAUUACCCAUCCUUCAUUGCCAAACUACGCUGCGAUUGUGGCUGGUGACUUUUUCGGCUUGGCCAAUGAAGACUUCUACAAUGUCAACGCUACCACCAUCUAUGACCUACUUGACGCUAAGGACAUGUCCUACGCCUCAUACAACGAGUGGUACAACCCGAUUGAGACCCAUCGAGGCCCUAAAGACUGCAACAAUUACAUCUUUAACGGCCCCUACGACAACACCAACCCGAAAUGGUCUUCCCCUCUCUACCGCCGUCUCGAUGUCCCCGCUCUGCUCUUCAGCACUUACACCACCAACUACGACCGCUGCUCAAAGCUCUAUGAUGCAAACAACACCUUCGCCGAGCACGUCAAGACCCACGCCUUGCCUGAGUACUCAUACUAUGUUCCUGAUAUGCUCCAUAACUGCCACGACCCUGAGUCCAACAGCGUCUACAUCAACCAGCCCUCCACCGGUGCUAUCUGGUUCAACUCGUGGCUUGACCUGUACCUCCCCGAAUUAGAAGCUCAAGGCACACUUGUGGUUGCUACCUUCGACGAGGCCACCUGGCAGAAUGAUGAUGACUCCACCCCCAACAACGAUAAUCACAUCGUGACCAUGCUAUUCGGUGCCGGUGUCACCCCUGACACCAAGGACGACACCUAUAUCACUACCUACGGUCUCCUCCGUGGUGCCAUCCAGAACUUCGGCCUGGGUUCUCUCGGUCGUAACGACACCAACGCCACCAAUGGCAAUCUGUAUGACCUGAUCUACUAG